UUUGUUGAUACUUGGUAAAACUAGCUGUCAGCCAAACAAAAUUUUAUUAUAAUUUUUUCAAUUCCUAGGACACGAAGUCGAAGAAAUGUCGCCGCAGUAGAACCGUGUUCACUGAGUUACAACUAAUGGGGCUGGAACGAAAGUUUGAACAGAAGAAGUAUUUGUCAACACCAGAUCGUAUGGAACUCGCAGAAACAUUGGGCCUUACUCAACUACAAGUGAAGACUUGGUAUCAGAACAGAAGAAUGAAGUGGAAAAAACAGAGCCAACUAAACGGGUCCAUUGUCGACUCACAACUGAAGCCAAAAGGUCGGCCUCGGAAAUCCCCUGAACCAGAACCAAAACUACGACAAAACGUUGUCGAGAAAAUAGUCUCCAACGUGAACAGCAGCCUCAUGCAAUCUUCCGAUCAUGUGAUUAAUGAAACGGAGAAUUAACGGAAAUUUAAAGAACUUGAUGUUCCAUAAUGAUGACAAUUUUAUGAACCUAACACAAAAAAAUUCUUCGUCAAGGCUUUAAACAAUUUACAAUAUAAAAACACAUCAAGCUCUUAUACAUGGCCCAUUUAUUUCAAUUUUCUAUCACAUUAAGUUUUGUUUUUAUUGGUGACAGUUAAGUAUAUUCUCCAACCCCUAACACAUUGGAUUAUCACACUGAUUGGGUAUAUUUACCACACAGUGCCUUGCCUCUACACCACGUUACACACAGUAUACACAUAGUUGCCUUUAUGACAAGUUCCAUGUUCACUUUAUUUGUGUUUUAAUUACUUUAGGGUUACUGCCUAUAUAAGUGUUUCCUUGUCAGUAUUUUAAUUACAACAUGUUACCUAAUAUUGAACAAGUCAGUGCUACUCAAACUAAACGUUGAAAGCAAAUUGCUUUUAAUGCAUGUUAACAAUGUCUGGGUGUUGAAGUAAUUGGCAACUCUGGUCUAAAUCCCAAGUCCAAUGGCGUGCCAAGCUGUGGGACCUCACCCAUUUAGAAUAGUCAAAAAUAUUAAACGCACAUGCAUUUAUUUUAAUAUUAAAACAAAAAAAAUAUCUUAAAUUAAUUGGCCAGUAAGUAACUACCUACUUUUAUAUAGUGACAUAAACCCCAGUUUGAGUAGCAAUGCAUCGACCAACCUGCCUUUUAUAUUUAAAGAGUUCAGUUUUUAAUCAAUUUUUACCGAUUUCUACAAUAAAUUUUAAAAGCGAAACAUUUUGUCUCUAGACAGAUACAAAUAUGUCGUACAAAUCCAAAGAAUUUAGGAGUUAUCCAGCGAACCCCUAACCCCUAUUUUAGCACCUGUUGUAGCCAGACAAGCGGAAAAUCUCGCUCACAAAUUGCGGCACGUUAUCCCCAUUACUACUCUAUGACCUCAUAAAGUGCAUUGUUGUAACAAUGGACACGUGUUUGUGAUGUCAAUUGCAUACUAGAACAGGAAAUAAUAGACAACAAGGGCAACUGGUACAUAACAACCCAUAAUCAUGUACUUGGGUGUUUUGAUACCAAAUUUGUACAUUACCUAAGUACAUACAACACUAUCAAAGGCUAAGGGAAGAUUAUAUUUACCAUAGCAUUACACAGGUGGAAGUGGGCACCGGGCACGCCCACAAUAAAAGUCCCCUUUUUUCAGUGACUAUCCUUCUAACAAAAUAUGGGCAUAUUAUGAAAAUGCCAUACAGCCAUACUGUUUAAAAA